CACUGUGUUGGAAUGGCUUCCUGUAUCUUCUCUUUUUCACGCGCUCUAAGAACAUGGAUUACAGUUUACCUCUAUUAAACCCUUUUUUUUUUUACUACCAUAGAAGAGACAAUACACCUAGAGAAAGAUACAGCGCAACACAGAAACGGAAAAGAGAAACCUUCAAUACGAACUUAAUAUGUUCUUAUUCCAGUUACCAGAGGUUGUUCUCUACCACAUUAUGUCAUAUUUGGAAUACAAGUCUUUGAGUCGCCUUUCUCAAGUUUGCACAACAAUUUACCAUUUUGCAAAUCGUGACGCCGUAUGGAGGAAGAUAGCAAAAGAGUUCAUCAACACUGGAAUUACACGACAAGGAGCUGAUGUGUAUCCCCACAUCCCGCUGAAGGACAGAGUGAAGGUAUCUCAGAACUGGUGCCAUGGGAUCUGCAGAAAGGAAGUCAUGCUCAAAUGGAGGAUUAACUUGUUGCCAUGGAUACAGCUGGACGGGGAUGUGCUGUAUCUGUCUCAGGCUGCAGACAUCGGAGCGUACCAUCUGAGGCCGGACACGGGGAGGCUGCAGCGCAUCCCCAUGGCUCUGUUCUCAGGACACCAGGAAGACGUGUGUCGAUUUGCUGUGACUGACACACACCUCGUUAGUGGAGGAAGUGAUGGUAAGAUCCUGGUGCACCACAGGAGGAAUGGGUCCUCUAUGGAGUACUCAGGUCACAACCAGGAGGUGAAUUGCCUGGACUGCAGAGGAGGACUGAUUGUCAGCGGCUCCAGAGACAGAACAGCCCGGAUUUGGACUUUGUCUUCCAACUUCCCCAGAGACACGAUCCCUAUGAACGACAGGGUGUGGUCUGUGGCUAUUAGUCCCACACAGAGCUCCUUUGUGACCGGCACGGCCUGCUGUGAGAACUUCUCUCCUCUGCGGAUCUGGGAUGUUGAAAGGUGUGAGUUGCUGUGUUGUCUGGGUUCAGAGUUCCGGCGGGGUGCAGGUGUGUUGGAUAUAGUCUAUGAGUCGCCCUUCCAGCUGCUCACCUGUGGCUACGAUACCUACAUCCGCUUCUGGGACCUCCGCCUCAGCCCCAGGAAGUGUGUCAUGGAGUGGGAGGAGCCUCAUGACAGUGCCCUCUACUGCAUCCAGACGGACGGGAAUCACAUGAUUGCCAGUGGCUCCUCCUACUAUGGCGUCAUACGGACGUGGGAUAAGCGGCAGACCCGCUGCUUAGAGAUGUUCCAGCUGUCCUCUGCUGUGAGUAGCCCAGUGUACUGCCUGCGUUUCAACACCUCUCACCUGUACGCUGCCCUCGCCACAGCACUGCACUCUCUGGACUUCAAACAGGGCCUCCGGCCUCGCAGAUAACACCCACUUCCACAGACAGCUGUUGGGAUUUAGAAAAAUAAAUUAUAUGUUUUUGACAGUAAAUGGCUUCAUUCUCUGUA